GGCUGCAGGGUGGGAGUGAGGUAAACCAGCAGUCCUCUGUUGGGGUAGGCAGUGUCUGUGAAUGAGAAGAGAGCGGUACAUGUGAGGCUGUUGGGUGGCAUGGAGCAGGUGGGGGCUGCAAGUUGAAAGCGAGAGGCCCCCGGUAGUGCCAUGUAGUGCCCACCCACAUGCGCGCACACAUGCAUGUGCUAGUGGAGAGGGACACCCCAUCCCCACAUGCAGCACCCUUUCACCUCAGGGCCAUGAUGCAUCUUGCUCUCAAGCUGCUGCCCCUGACAGGCCUGAGUGCUCCCCAGCACAGGGCGUGACCUGCAGCCCUCACCUGCCUCCUGCCCCACGUGCGCCAGGCAGAGUCAGGCUUAAGGAAUGGGGUGAGGCUGGGCCUCCUGCCUCUGCCACCUGCUUCAGCCUUGUGUCAGCACGUGGGUGGGGGAACCCAGCCUGACAUCUCCCCAGGGGAGUCUCCCACCUUUUUCUCUUCCUCGGUAUACCAGGAAGGUGCCAUGUCAGUGCUGUUGGCAGGGAAGCAUCUCCAAAUCCUGUGUGACAGCCCCCUGCCCCCACCCCAGUCCUGCAGGGGCAUCCUGGAAUCCUUUGCAUCGGGCCCCUGCUCUCCCCAGUGGUGACCCAGAACCUGGGACUGUCCCCCGGCUCCCUUCAGCAGCUACCUCAGACCCCUUUGCACCAGCCCCUGCUGUUCUUGGGGCUAUCCCGGAGUCCUUUGUGCCACUCCAGCCCCUUUGGUGCCAAGCUAUGCUCUUCUCCAUGUGGUCCCAGAACCCUGUGUGUUAGUCCCCACUUCCUUCAACCAUCCUUAAGAAUCCCAUUUAAGGCCAUCCCAGAAUCCUCUGCACCAGGCCUUGUCUCAUCCCCAAAUCCUUUGGCUGAACCCCAUCUCCACUCAUUCCAAAAUGCUUUGGCCUGUGCCCCAAAUAAAUCAUAGGAUCCUUUGCCUCAUGACAUAAAUCCCAACUUGACACAAGGGGGUGUUUUUGAUUCAGAAGUGAAAGCCAAGCAUAUUGAACCCCAUCCUGUUUUGGGGUGAAGGGGGCACCCCUGGUCUGGGGACAGGUAGAGUGAGCUGGGAUGCAGUCACCUGAAUAUAAUGACUUGAGAUGCCUGGAUUCUGUCCCAGCUCUGGAGAGGGGGUGAAAUCUGAUGGGUUAGAGCAGGAAGCCAGGACUCCAGGAUCCUGUCCCUGCUUGAGGAGGGUCUGGUGGCUUAGAGCAGGGGGCCAGGAGCCUUGAUUCCUGGGUUCUGUCCCAGCUCUGGGAGCAGAGUAGGGUGUAGGGAGUUAAAGUUGGGGUGGGGGCUGGGAGCCUGGACGCCUGGGUUCUAUUCCUGGCUGUCCCUGCACGUGACCCUGCAGAGAGCGCUCCCGCGGUGCUGGCGUGGGCGGGGACGAGGCAGCUCAGCAAGAAUAGCAAAAGGAAAAAAAGAAAUAAUGAAAUAAAUCGCAUGCUAGCUCAGCAGACCCCUUUCUGCAACCAGGUCUCAGUCCCUCCCCGUGUCUCCCCCAGGCAGGAGGUCCCGCAGAAGGUCAGGCCCGCAGGUCCAACAUUGUGCAGCAGCCAGGGUCACCUGAGGCAUCAUCAAGGAGAAGGAGGGGAAGAUGGAGGAAGAGCUGGGGGGUGGCCGGGCAGGACAUGGGGCCUUCCUGGGCUCCCUGCUGUGGGAGCGGGCCCUGCCCUACAGCGAGGUGGAGUAUGUUGACCUGGACGAGUUCCUGCUGGAGAAUGGGCUGCCCCCCAGCCCCAGCAGCCCACCUGGCACCUCACCCAGCCGCAUCCAUGCCAGUGCUCCUGGCUCUGCAGGGGCUCUCAGCCGCCCAGCCUCCUGCACCUCCACCACCUCAGCCUGCUCCUCGCCCAGUGAUGGCAGCACAGGCAGUGGCUGCCCCAAGACAGGCCCGGUGACCCCUGUGUCCAGGAGCACACCUAGCCCCGUGGACCCUGACAGCGUGGAGGUGCUGAUGAACUUUGACCCUGACCCUGCGGACCUGGCGCUGUCCAGCGUCCCUGGGCACGAGACCUUUGACCCGCGCAAGCACCGCUUCUCCGAGGAGGAGCUCAAGCCCCAGCCCAUCAUGAAGAAGGCACGGAAAAUCCAGGUGCCUGAGGAGCAGAAGGAUGAGAAGUACUGGAGCCGGCGGUACAAGAACAAUGAGGCAGCCAAGCGGUCGCGGGACGCUCGGCGCCUCAAGGAGAACCAGAUCACGGUGCGGGCAGCCUUCCUGGAGAAGGAGAAUGCUGUGCUGCGCCAGGAGGUGGCUGCCAUCCGCCAGGAGCUGUCCCGCUACCGCUCCAUCCUCUCCAAGUAUGAGGCUCAGCACGGAGCCUUGUAGGCACAGCCCUGCCCACCCUGUGGACACAUGGAAUGGAGCCCCCUCUGAUCAGGUGGGGGCUGGCCGGGCCCCUGGGACUUGGUCAGCAGCAGCCCCCUAGGACUGGCAGACUCUAAGGCUUGCCCCACAGGGCACAGACACCCAGGGACAGGGGCAGACUGAGCCCAUGGAUGCAGCGCCCCCUUCCCAGCUUGGACACAUUGGCACAAAGCCUCGUUGAAGAGGAUGGGGACCAGUGUUGAUGGGGACAGCUCUGAUCCAAUAGGGGAGGGUCAGUGCCAGGAUGCCUGGGUUCCCUCCCAACUCCAGGAGGGGAGUGUGGUCUGGUGGGUUAGACCAGAGAGGCUGGGAACCAGGAAACCUGGGUUCUGUAACAGCUCCAGAGAAAAGUGAGGUCUGGAGCAGUGGAGCCAGGAGCCUCGAGGAUUUGAUUCUUCCAGCUCUGCCUGUCCCCACCACCUUGCUCUGAUUGGUUGGCAGGCCACUUAGCAAGAGAAGUCGCUGUCCCUGCUCUGUCUCCCCCUGUGAUACUACACUUGGGGAGUGAAUGGUAGGGAGCUUCACUGCUGAACUGUUAAGUGACUGGGCUGAGACUUUGUGAGGUGCCUGAACCAGGGACAGAACCCAUGUGUCCUGGCUCAACCCUGCCUCUAAGCAUCCAGCACUGGAAGGAAGUGCAUUGCUUUACAGUAGGGUUGGCCGUCUUCUAAGUGGCUGUGGGGACAGCACAUCCUGCAGGCCAUACCAGCAGAGGUCACCCCCCCCCGAGCUGCACAUCACAUGGAUGCCCCCCUGCUGCAACAAGCACCUGCUUCAGUGCCCACUUGCUGCUGCAAUGAGCCCAUGUGGACAUUUCCCACUGCCCACCACACACCACAUGGCCCCAACCGCACUGGUGCGGAACUAAGAGGCCUGAGAACAGAAGGGGAACCCAGAGACUAUGAUUGGGGGGGGGGGGGGGGGCUGCAACUGGUCCAGAGCCCCAAGGAGCUGCAGCUUAACCCCCUCCUUCCCCACAUGGGCUGCCAAUUACAGCACAACUCCAUGCACCCCCUAGUGGCUAUUUGGUAUUCCAACACAGGCGAUUCCCAAAACAGGCACACAUUGGGAAUGGCUGGAGGGACCAUGCAGGGAUCUGGCCCAGGACACCUGAGUUCUGUCUGAAAUCUGGCAGGGGUGCGGGGACCUGGUGGGUUACAGCAGGGGGGGCGGGUGUUGCUGGGAGGCAGGGCACCUGGGUUCUGUUCCAGCUGUACAUAGGAACUAGUCAAACACUGACCCUGUUUUCUGUAUAAUGAGAGCUUUGCUUUCAUUGUCCUUCCCACCUCUCUGAUAGAACCCAGGCAUCCUGUCCCACCCUGCUUCCCUCCCAGCACUAGGAUAGCACCCAGGUGUCCUGGCUCCCAGCCUUCCCCCUGCUAUAACACACCAGAUCCCAUCCCCCCCCCCCCCUUUUGCACUCUGACCACUUUACUGCCCUGGGUCCCCCUCUUGCCCAGUGCAUAUUAUAUUUUUGGUGUGGGGGGGAUGUCUUUCCUCCCCACUGGACCAGUACAAACGGGUUUGCCGACCAUGCCCCAGGGCUGGCCGGCCAAGGGGUGGGUGGGGGGCAGGUUCCCUGUGUACUUCUUUGCCAGGGUUGAGAUGUGAGAUAUAUUUUGGUAAAACUACUUGGCCAUCUAUGCCAUCCCACCUGCCCUAGGCAUGGCCAGGACCCCUGCAUCCCCCAGGCAGCCCAGUGAGACCAGGGCAUAUCCCACCCGCAGGGGUGUCCACUGAACAAUGGGGGGGGGGGGCACGUGCCCACACCAGCUCAGCCUGGGUGCUGGGUUGGGGGUGGCUGUGUUGGGUUGGGACUGCGGGUACUGGGGCGGUGGGAGGGCAGGAGGGGCAUUUUGUACAGACACGGGGUGGGGGGCAGGGAAAGUUUUUCUUUUCUAUAUAACAAAUGGAGGCUGGUCUGGGUGGUGAGGGGGCUUACACCCCACCCCAGCACAGAGCAGGAUGAAUAAAGAGACUGGACAGGCAGGAA